AUGCCUAGAGCCAGCGACACUUCUCCGUCGCACAAACGCGCUCCAUCAGAGGGUAGGAGCACUACGCACGUUUGGAAGGUCUUGUCUCGGACGCUUCCCUCUCGAGAUGCAAACUCGGACGCCUGGUGGCAGCUUACGGGGAAGCACCUGGCCGUUUUACUGGACGCAGCCGGCUAUCCGGUCGACAGGCAAUAUGAAUGCCUCCUAUACCACUAUCACUACGCUACACCUUACUUGGGACCCGCUCCUCGAGGAGAUGACGCACCAUCAAAAUGGAAGUCGAUGCUUCAGCUGGACGGCACUCCGUUCGAGUUCUCAUGGAGGUGGGACACUUGCGAUGGAGGGCCAGACGUACGGAUCGGUCUCGAGCCCAUCGGCCCCAUGGCAGGAACUACGCUCGACCCUCUGAACCACCUGGCUAUCCGCGAAGUUCUCUACAAACUCUCCUCGGCUGUUCCUGGCACCGAUCUUACCUGGACACAUCACUUUCUCGCUACACUAUUCGAUCAUGACUACGCAAAGUACAUCGAAGAGGCUUCUACCGGAACUCCCAUCGGAACUAGCCUCUUCCUCUCCCUUGACUUUCUUCGAGACUCGACUCAGAUCAAGACGUACUUCCAGCCACGCAUGUUGCACCAGCCUGGAUUGCUUGACAUUCCCCGCUGGGAAGCCUCCUUCCAGAAACUGCACCCAGACGCACCUGCUCGUCGCACCGUCCACCACUUCCUCACCUCCAGCUCCGAAGGCAAGCUCCUCAAGCCCUUCUGCCUCAGUGUCGACAACUGCGAACCCGCAACAGCCCGCAUCAAAUGGUACUUUAACAGCCCCCACAACAACUUGGCAUCCAUACGCGAGAUCAUGACCCUCGGCGGCCGGAUCGCGUCGACAGACGUAGAUCACCAACUCUGCGAACUCUUCGAUCUCCUCAAGACCGUCACCGAACAACCAGACUCGUUCCCCGAAACCUCCGAGUUUCCCCUCACCACUUCGAAGCCACCAUCUGACACGCAAAACAGCACGGGCUGCGUCUACUUCUUCGACAUCGCCCCGGGCGCCGGUCAGUCACUCCCCGCGAUAAAACUCUACUUCCCAAUCCGGAACCACGAUCGCAACGACCUCGCCGCAACACAGAAUCUGACAAGGUGGCUGGAAUCGCGUGGGAGGGGGCAGUAUGGUGAUGCGUUCUUGCGCGCACUCGGGGCCGUCGCGGAUUAUAGACGGUUGGAUGAGGGAGGGGGUCUGCUGAGCUUUCUGAGCUGCCAGUUUCGCUCUGAUGGCGAGUUGGAUCUCACGUCGUACUUUAAUCCCGAGGCAUAUCAUUCUGCAAGGGUUACGCAGCGCAGAGGGACGAGAAGGAGGGGGGAUUGGUAG